UAUCCCCAAUCCCAUCCAUCUUCCAUCGUCUGCCAAUUCGCCGAUGCGUUGCCCAACAAAAAUACACAAGAAUCUCCCGCAUGAACUCGUCCAAGCGCACCACCUGUCGCCUGUCUCCGCGAGCAGUGUAGUGGUAGUGGUACUAGUCGUCGUCAAGAAAUCCAAGCGCAGAGCCGAGCCGUUCGUUGGAGGAGAUGGGGGAGUGCAGGGUUGGAGGAGGAGGAGGAGAUGGCUUGAUCAAGCUGUUUGGGAAGACCAUCCCCGUGCCGGACGCCGGCGACGCCGAUAAGGAAACUCAAUACAGUGGCAGCAGCACUACUGAACCGAAAAUACAGGAGGCCAUCCCUCAGGACUCCACAAGUCCACCUCCACAGCCGGAGGUCGUCGACACCGAGGACUCCUCUGCUGCCAAGAACUCAUCGGAGAAUCAGCAGCAACAGGGUGACACAGCCAACCAGAAGGAGAAGCUGAAGAAGCCUGACAAGAUCCUGCCAUGCCCACGGUGUAGCAGCAUGGACACCAAGUUCUGCUACUACAACAACUACAACAUCAACCAGCCUCGCCACUUCUGCAAGAAUUGCCAGAGGUACUGGACAGCCGGUGGCGCCAUGCGGAACGUGCCCGUGGGCGCAGGCCGACGCAAGAGCAAGAGCACAUCAGCUGCUUCCCAUUUCCUUCAGAGGGUCAGGGCUGCUCUGCCCGGUGAUCCUCCUCUCUACUCCCCAGUGAAGACUAAUGGCACUGUUCUCAGCUUCGGCUCCGACUUGUCCACCUUAGACCUGACAGAACAAAUGAAGCACCUAAAGGAUAAGUUUAUCCCAACAACUGGUAUCAAGAACACCGAUGAUCUGUCAGUCGGUUCAUGUGCUGAAGGAUUAGCAAAAACAGAUGACUCAAACCGAAUGGACCUAAAGGAGAAAGUUUCAGGAGAUAAAUCUGCCAGUGUUGCACAGCACCCAUGCAUGAACGGGGGAACCAUGUGGCCAUUCGGUGUGGCACCACCACCUGCUUAUUACACAUCAAGCAUUGCAAUUCCAUUCUAUCCAGCUGCUGCUGCUGCUGCCUACUGGGGUUGCAUGGUUCCAGGAGCUUCGAACACUCCAUGGCCACCACAGUCCCAAUCCCAAUCGGCUUCAUCAUCUAGUGCUGCUUCUCCUGUAUCCACAAUGACCAACUGCUUCAAAUUAGGGAAGCACCGCAGAGAUGGUGAUGAGGAAUUGGAUAGCAAGGGCAAUGGCAAGGUGUGGGUGCCGAAGACGAUUCGGAUGGACGAUGUUGACAACGUGGCCAGAAGCUCCAUCUGGUCAAUUAUUGGGAUCAAGGGCGACAAGGUGGGAACAGAUCAUGGCAGAGGAUGCAAGCUUGCAAAGGUUUUUGAGACAAAGGACGAGGCAAAGACAGCAACUCACACAGUGAUCAGUAGCUUGCCGUUCAUGCAGGGUAACCCAUCUGCACUAUCGCGCUCAGUGACCUUCCAAGAGGGAUCUUGAGCAUCUCCUGGAAAAAUUUUCUUGCUGCCUUCUGCUGCUAUAAAGACAUAGCGUGAUACAGCUGAAAUUUUGUACAUUAGAGAAUUGUACAAUAGGUAUGGGAGAUGGAGUGUCAGAGUGUAUAACUUAACAUAGCUACAACCAAGCCCAGUAGCUGUAUUAGAUAACUUGCACAUAGCCAUCUGGGUUAGGGAAAGAUAGGGAGAGCAAGUUCCCCUUAUUUAUGUAGAUAAAUAAUAUAAUGAUUUGAAUAUUUAGCUCAAAAGAUUUCCCUUUGCA